AUGCAACAGCCAAGCUCUGAUUAUUCUCCAGAUGUGCUCAGGGAAACCUGUGUCAGGGCAGAACUUCUAAACAGGGAAGAUGAGCUUCAUAAAGCAAACAUUGCUUUGUCUGGAAGCAGCAGCCCAGAUGUCUUCAGCUCCUGCGAAACGCAGGCAGUAUCAGUUUGUAUGGACACUACCAUGCCUCCAGGUGACAACAUUCAAAGACAAGGCUAUAAAGAGCCUUCACUUCUGAAGCCUCCUGCACAGGAAUGCACUGGGAGCCAUCAUGCACCUUUCCAGUUUGACCGGCAUGCUUUGGCCAGAAUUUCCACUUCUCCAACUUUAAGGCGUCUAAGGAUGGCCUCUGCCUCACAAGCAUUGUCAUUUCAGGACUGCUCUGACACAGCUCACCUGGGGAAUCAAAAGGAAUACACUGGCUCUCUUCACCAUAUUUGUAAGAGUCCACUUCGGUGCACUACAGCUUCCUCAUUGUCGUUGCCUUCUUGUGUCCAUGCAAAGUUACUGUCUUCCAAAGCCAAGUCGGAGACAACUACAGCAGAUCCAGAGUCUGCCAGCCCAAGAUCCAAACUGCUAAGGGAAAAAGAUCCUCUCGGCAGCCCCAGUGAGACACUCCAAAACUCUUGGAGAACCAACUCUGCUACACUGCCUGUGAGACUACCCCGCCCCAGCCCUACACCACAAGAGGGUAUUCAGAGUCCAAAAAGCCAAGGUGGCCAUUUGCCAGAAGAGGACUUGUGA